AUGCUGUCUCAACGGAUCCUGGCCCGGCGCCUGCCCCAGGUUGCUGCCCGCCACGCUAUUGCCCCCCGCGCAACCUUCUCCCAAGUCGCGGCCCUCCGUGCUGCCGAAGUCGAAGACCCUCUUCAGAAUGGCAACUACCAGAACCCUCCCCGUGUGAAGCGUGCUUUUAGAGAUCCCUACGGCGGCUGGUGGGAUGCGCAAGAGAAGCGUAACUUCGGCGAGCCAGUCCAUGAGGACAAUGAAAUUCUCGGUGUUUUCAGUCCCGAGCAAUAUACUCACGUCUCCGCCCGCAAGGGCCUCUUCCAACUGGGAGCCUUUGUCGUUACUUUCCUGGGCCUUUGCGGCGUUGUCAGCAUGUUCUACCCUGACAGGCCCAGUGCUCCUAAGACCUACGUUGAUGGUCUGGAGAAGGAGCUCGGGGGAGCCAACGCCCUGCCGGCUCGCAAGUCCGGUGAUGACAAGUGGUGA